AUACCGAUCUAGCGGAACAUGUCGUAUUCAUGACGCAAAACUGGGUCAGUUGCGUAGCUGUGGUCAUACAAAAAGGUUUCCUGUCUAAGGACCUCUCAGUAUUGUGUCCUGUACCAAAUCCCUCCUUUAGAGCCCUCAAACUCAUAGUCAUCACCUUACCACGACCAAAUCUCGUUGAUCCCAAUACAUCAGCCAAAACACAAUGGCCCCGACAGACCCACACCAAGGCGGCUCUCUGAGCGACAUGGCUGUUGAUGGCACCACGAUUCCCAACGACGCCGGUGUCCAACGCACUAUCGCUUCGGUCCCUCGUCCAGACCAGCAGGACCCGGGCGUUGAGUUCAGCCAUGCAAACCCUGCCUCUGCCGUCGACAACGCAACAGAUAUUCCCCGUGGUCCACGAGACCAAGGCCAGACUGGGGAGGUGGUCACCGGAACUGGUGACCAGCUUCCUUCAUCAGUCGAGAAGAAGAACCUGGACGACGCGGGAAUGGACCCAAGAGCUAAGGGGCAUGAUCGAUACGCGAAGCAUGCAAAACAGAAGGAUGCUUUCGGUUUGGCGGAUGAUGCCACGGAGGAUGAGCCUGGCCUAGACAGGCGUUGAAUCCAGUCUGCUAGCUCUUAUAUUACAUGUAUUUUAUUACAAUCCAGUCUUCCAUGGAUGUCUUGUGAGGCAAGAUGUUUGGCUUCGGCAUUCAAUCGAGGAACAUUGCCGUGUCGAAUUGCUUGAAGUCACCAUGGCUCAUGGCUUCUUCGUAGUCGUAGUCGGGCUGGAAAUCUGCGUACAGUCUCUCC